GCUCUGAAACACUGAACCUCGAUUAUCCAAGGAUCGAGACAAAGCCGUCUCAUACAGUGAUCAGAUUUCCAAACUGGAGCAGGCUGGCUAUGUGGCCAAACAGAACCCUGAAGAGGUUCACUGCACUAAAGAAGCUUGGUACAUUCCUCAUCAUAUGGUGACACAUAACAAAGAUCGCAUAGUAUUUGACUGCUCAUUUACUUUCUAAGGACAUUGCCUCUAAGUACCUACUACCAGGACCAAUCCUCGGGCCUUCACUCCUUGGUGUGCUGCUGCGCUUCAGGCAACAUGCUGUAGCAAUAAGUGGUGACAUUAAAGGUAUGUUUCACCAAAUCUGUCUCCUGCCUCAAGACAGGCCCCUUCUUCAAUUCCUCUGGCGUGAUAUGAACACAGAUGUUCCUCCGGUGUACCAAUGGCAGGUCCUUCCUUUUGGCGCUACUUGUAGCCCCUGCUGUGCCAUCUGUGCCCUUCAAAAGCAUGUGAAGGACAAUUAACCUGACAGAGAUGUGCAGUCCUCAGUAACCCAGUGCUUCUAUGUCGACAAUUGCUUGCAAAGCUUUCCUUCAUCAGUGGCAGCUCAAAUAUUCCUUGACAAACCGAGAGCUACUCUUUCAUCACAGGGUUUUGACCUGUGUCAAUGGGUCAGCGAUGAUCCCUCUAAUCAGCCAUCUACCAUCUGAAGCAAGGUCUGAAAGCAGUGAAUUUUGACUCUGAAAACUGUUCUGACCCCCAAAAGCGCACAUUGGGACUAUUGUGGAACUGCAAACCUGAUCUUUUCAAGUAGCAAUUAUUGAACUUUGGAAGCACAUACCAUAAUAAUGUGUCACAUCCACAGAGUCCUUGCUCGUCUGAAUGACCCAUUAGGCUACCUUCUACCUUUCACAACUCGUGCCAAAAUUCUGGUUCAACAACUUUAGAGAAAGGAACAAGAAUGGGAUGAUCCUCUCCUCCCACAUGACCUUAACAGCUUGGAAAUCUUGGGAAGAAGAACUCCAUUACCUUCCACAAAUCACCAUCUCUCACUGUUACACUUCCAAAGAGAUGGAUGCUCCCACCACAGCUCGAGACAUCCAUACCUUCUGUGAUGCUUCUGAACAUGCCUAUGGUGCUGUUGCUUACUUGAGAUCAGAAGAUAACAGAGGCCAAGUAGAGCUGAGUUUCAUACUAGCUUGUUCACGCAUCUCCCCAAAACGACAGCUAUCAGUGCCAAGAUUGGAGCUAUGUGUGGCACUAAUCGGUGCACGCCUCCAUGACCUCAUCAGAAAUGAACUCACCCUACCAAUCAGAGACAUUAGACACAAACCACUUCCACCACAUAGUCGCUUACUCUGCUUAUCCCCAGAACUGUGCAGUAACUCUGGACUCAUUCAAGUUGGGGGCAGACUACGGCAACGCCAUCAACUGCAAUCUGAGUCCAUCCAAUUGUCCUGGACCCUACUCACAAUGUGACCAAAUUGAUCAUUCAGGAUUAUGAUGAAAAACUGCAUCACAGAACGACUCUUUGCCCUUUGACCUUCCUUCUACUCCACUGGAAUAGACUGCUUUGGACCAUACAAUGUCAAGAUUGGCCGUCGAUCUGAGAAGAGGUGGGGUAUAAUCAAAUGCAUCACGACACAAUGUGUACAUCUUGACCUCCUCAGUAACAUGGAUACGGACUCCUUCCUCAUGGCCCUUCGUUGAUUCACUUCUCGGAGCGGAACUAUCCAUCUAGUGUCUUACCUUGACUCUGAUCUCCUCAGUCAAAGACGUUUGCGCCAUGCACAAAUAUUGUCUGAUCAUUUCUGGAAACAUUUUUCCAAAUCCUACCUCACACUGCUUCAAACACGACACAAAUGGCAAAGGGAUAAAGCAAACCUUCAGAAACUCUGUUGUGAUGAUUGUUGACUCCCAGCUACCAAGAGCCCUUUGGCCUGUAGGAAAAGUGACUCGCCUCCUACCAAGUAAAGAUAGCUGCAUCAGGACCGCUGAAGUUGGAGUCAAAGACAAGUCCUAUGUCCGGCCUGUAGCUCAUCUCACCUUUGCAUGGGGCGGCAGUGCUGUCAGGGAGUGUACGAAGCAGCUUCCUGUUUCCUGCUCUCAGUCUGUCUCAUGAUCUUUGUGACCGAGUGAGGACUGUAAAACUUUUGGGCAGCUCCAACAUCAGCACAGUGAGUCAGAGGAGCUGGGUGAAAGAAUGCAGGAUGGAAAACCAGUGUGCGACUGGCGAGGCUGUGGAUCCAGAAACAUCACAGCGAGUCCAGCUACCCGACAGGACAGACACCAGUGAUGCUGUUCCUCCCGAAACCAAAGAUGCACUGAGACAAUAUUUGAACGAGAAGCCCCGAGAAGCUGCUGCAGAGGGGCCUUCUCUGACAUCUCCUCCACUCUCUGAAGAAUCUACAAGUCAGACAGCAAGCAGCACGGCUGGAUUCAGCACACCACCUCACUACCUCACGACUUCCAGUGAGACACAGCCUGAAUCAGCUCAAACUCAGAGGGGAGCAGAAAGCUCGACCGCUCAGCAAGGAGGUGUCAUCAUCAAUCCUAAGUUAAGCGGUGUGCAUGUAGGAGGGAAUGUGAACAUCAUUGUCGGCAAUACACGCGGCACGUGUCCUGACAGGCCAGAGGAGCCGGAUGCUGUUUCUCCCAAAAACAAAGGAAACAUCCAAAGGUGCAAAGAUGAUCUAAAAUCUUUCCUUGAAAAUACAACAAAGAAUCUGUCUCAGGGAAAAGAGGAAGAUGGAUCAACUCCUUUAAACAGAAUCUAUACAGAGCUUUACAUCACAAAGGGAGGCAGUGGGGAGGUUAACAGUGAACAUGAAGUGGUUGAAUUAGAAUGUAAAAGGAGUCCGAGUGAGGAGAAGAAAAUCCUGCUCAAUGACAUUUUUGAACCUUUAUCAAACGAAGAAGACCCUCCACAGAGAAUUCUGACGAAGGGAAUCGCUGGCAUUGGAAAAACUGUGGCUGUGCAGAAAUUCACUCAUGACUGGGCAACAGGAAAAGCCAACCAAACUAUUGACUUCAUAUUUCCAAUCCCAUUCAGAGAAUUGAAUCUAAUAAUAGAUGAGCGUUGGAGUCUUAUGACGCUGAUAGGUAACUAUUUUAAAGAAGUGAAGGAUUUGUCAACGUCAGACUACAACAGCUCAAGACUUUUGUUCAUAUUCGACGGCCUGGACGAAAGCAAGUUACCUCUGGACUUCGAGAACAGCAAGACGUGGCGCAAUGAUACAGAGACCACAACACUAGACGUCCUGCUAACCAACUUAAUCACAGGGAAACUGCUGCACAAGGCCUCAGUCUGGAUCACAAGUAGACCAGCUGCAGCCACUAAGAUUCCUACCGACUUCAUCAACAGGGUGACGGAGGUACGAGGCUUUGAUGAUGAGCAGAAGGAGGAGUACUUUCAGAAGACAGUCAGUGACAAGACUAUGGCUCAGAAGAUCCUCGAUCAUCUUCAGUCAAAGCCGCUGAGAAGUCUGUACAUCAUGUGCCACAUCCCAGUCUUCUGUUGGAUUUCAGCCACAACUCUCCAGAAACUCCUCACAGAAACAAAACAAAGUGAGCUGCCCAAGACUGUGACUGAAAUGUACACACACUUCCUGAUCACCCAGACAAAGCUGAAGGUUUAUCAGAAAGGUGAAACAAACAGAGAUGUGAUCAUGAAAUUAGGAAAGCUGGCAUUUGAACAGCUACAGAAGGACAACAUCAUCUUCUAUAAACAGGACUUGAAGAGUUGUGACAUUGAUCAGAAACAAGCUGCAGUUUAUUCAGGUCUUUGCACACAGAUCAUAAGAAAAGAAUGUGGUCUUCACAAACAAGAGAUUUACUCCUUCAUACAUUUAACUGUUCACGAGUUUCUGGCAGCGCUGUAUGUAUUAGAGACCUUCUUGAACAGCAGAAAAAAUCUGCUUCCUGGAUGGCCAAGUGUGACAGAUGUUAAAGAGAUGUUGAAGAUAGGAAAACUUCCCAUCAUCCUCCUCCACAAGAGGGCAGUGGAUUUAGCUUUGGCCAACGAUCAUGGAAAAUGGGACUUGUUCCUGCGCUUCCUGCUCGGUCUGUCACAGGAUAAAAAUCAGGAGCUUCUUCAGAAAGCAUUUGGAUUCAAAGAGAGACCACAGAGCAACCAGGAGACGAUCACCUACAUUCACGAGAAGAUCAAGGAACUUUCCAACGUCAACAAGAGCAUCAAUCUGUUCCACUGUUUAAAUGAGUUGGGUGACCGGUCUCUGGUAGAGCAAGUCCAAAAGUACCAGAACUCAGGAGAUGUUGGUAACUUGUUACCUGAACAUUGGUCAGCUCUGGCCUUUCACCUACUCACUUCCGGUGAAGACCUGGAUGUCUUUGACCUGAAGAAAUACUACGGAUCAGAGGAAGCUCUGGGGAGGCUGCUGCCAGUGCUCAAAGCAUCAAAGACAGCUUUGUUAAGUGGCUGUAACCUCACUGACAGAUGUUGCAAGAACAUUUCAUCAGCUCUCAGCCUGAAGUCUUCUAGUCUGGAGGAGUUAGACCUGAGCAGAAACAAACUGCAGGACUCUGGAGUGACGCUGCUCUCUGACGGUCUAAAGAGUCCCAACUGCAAACUCCAGAGACUCAGACUGGCUGACUGUCAGUUUACAGAGAGAGGCUGUGCUGCACUGGGUUCCAGUCUGAAGUCAAACCCCGCCCACCUGAGAGUCCUGGAUCUGACAGGAAAUGACCUCAGAGACGGUGAUGUCACAAAGCUUUGUGAGUUCUUGGCAGAGCCACGUUGUGGACUGGAGACACUGAGUCUGAACUCCUGCAGGUUAUCAGCAGAAUGCUGUCGGUCUUUGACCUCUGCCCUCAGCAGCUCCUCUGAUCUCAAAGAGCUCGACCUGAGCUACAACCAGCUGAUGGACCAGGGGGCGGAGCUGCUUUCUGAUUGGCUGAGGAAACCCCAGUGUAGACUGAAGACACUGAGACUGGCUCGCUGUCAGUUUACAGAGAGAGGCUGUGCUGCACUGGGUUCCAGUCUGAAGUCAAACCCCGCCCACCUGAGAGUCCUGGAUCUGACAGGAAAUGACCUCAGAGACGGUGGUGUCACAAAGCUUUGUGAGUUCUUGGCAGAGCCACGUUGUGGACUGGAGACACUGAGUCUGAACUCCUGCAUGUUAUCAGCAGGAUGCUGUCGGCCUUUGACCUCUGCCCUCAGCAGCUCCUCUGAUCUCAAAGAGCUCGACCUGAGCUGCAACUACCUGAUGGACCAGGGGGCGGAGCUGCUUUCUGAUUGGCUGAGGAAACCCCAGUGUAGACUGGAGACACUGAGACUGGCUUGCUGUCAGUUUACAGAGAGAGGCUGUGCUGCACUGGGUUCCAGUCUGAAGUCAAACCCCGCCCACCUGAGAGACCUGGAUCUGACAGGAAAUGUCCUCAGAGACGGUGGUGUCACAAAGCUUUGUGAGUUCUUGGCAGAGCCACGUUGUGGACUGGAGACACUGAGUCUGAACUCCUGCUGGUUAUCAGCAGAACACUGUCGGCCUUUGACCUCUGCCCUCAGCAGCUCCUCUGAUCUCAAAGAGCUCGACCUGAGCUGCAACUACCUGAUGGACCAGGGGGCGGAGCUGCUUUCUGAUUGGCUGAGGAAACCCCAGUGUAGACUGGAGACACUGAGGUUGUCAGAUUGCACAGAGAGCAGCUGUGAGUAUCUGGCCUCGGCUCUGAAGUCGAACCCUUCACACCUCAGAGUUCUCGAGCUGAGCUUGAGUGAUCCAGGAGAAAGAGGUCUGAAGCUGCUGACUUAUUUACAGCAGAACAAAUCUAACAGACUAGAGACACUGACAGUGAUGAAGUGAACCGGACCAGAUAAAAGACACUGGAUCAUUUUCUUCCUUCGGUCCAGACCAAAUGAGCUGAGCUACAGGUGUGAAAGUCACCUUACAUGCAUCCUGAUUCUCCUCUCUCAGGAAUCAAUACUGAAAACUUUUCAAUCAGAAGUCAGAGGGUAUCAGGGGACUAGGCAGCUGAGGAGAGAAGCUUGUACAAAAUAAUAUCCUAACAUAGACACUGAACCUUUAGUAGCUCAUGGAGAGGGGCACAACCUGACUGUAAAGCCCUGUUUCCACCGAGCAGUACGGUUCAUAGUUUCUGUUCCCACAGUAAAAGUUGUGGAUGGUCCCAACAGAAGCGUUCCUUAGCGUCCCCAUGUUUGGUCCCCCCUCUGUUGGGGUACCUAGCACACAGAUCUGGUACUAAAAGGUGGAGCUGUGAACACUGCAGUCUGAUUGGUCAGUAGAGGACGCUCACUCUGCUCAGGGCUGAGUUGUGUCUGGUUUUGAGGCUCAUGUAACCACUGUUCAUACUGUGCUGUGAAACGAGACUUAAGUCACCUACAGCAGCAUUACUGACGUGAAGAAAAGCUCACGUAAGGGAAAGGCAACACAGAUUUGGAAAACAGUAACUCCAUUCACAGUCAGCAGUCCAAAGAUGGCGGAUAGCACAGCGGAGACCUCACAGGUGGCCACACUCUCUGCAGAUACAGAGAGGAACUACAGAGCUCCAGAGAGGCCAUGUUGGCUCAGAUAAAAGCUGAGAUAGUGACAUCAUUUAAGGAAGUUAAAGCAGACAUAUCCUCUCUACGUAAAGGGACGAAGGCGGACACGCAGACCAUACACAAGCCAGCCAGCGAGCUAGCCCAUCUCAGCUCAGCUCAGGCAGAAGCAGUCAGCAACUGCCAAGGAAUGAGAAACGCACUGAGUGAAACGAUGGUCAGAGUAACAGCAGUGGAGCAGACACAACGAGAUAUCGCCAAGGAAUGUAAGAACAUACAGGACAAAUGUCUCGACCCAGAGACCAGACGCAGGAGACAAAGCCAUCGGCCAGUGUGCAUUAAAGAAGGAGCCCAAAACUGUAACACGCUCAAAUUCCUCGCUGAAUUUUUCCCUGCGGUGCUGGGUGAUGCCAGCUUUGAUUCAGCUGAGAUUACAGACAGAGCACAUGGCACACUCACCCCGAGGCCGGCCAGAGAGGACAGGCCCCGCCCACAUUACCACCCGGACACACAGAAGAUACUGGACCUUGGCAAAGCCAAAGGCCGUCUCACAUACAAGGGAGCCCAGGAGCACAUUUUUCCAGACAUGAGCCCAGAGAUUUUGACUUGUUGACAUAUUGAUGUCAUACUGUUACCACGGCAACAACAAGCCUGGCUGACAGUGAAGUUAUUCCUGACUCCUCUGUGGUUCCAGUAAAAAGAGGAGCAGCUUCAGUAGUGUGGAAUAAAGUGUGGCGUCCUGAAUGUUUUCCUUCUCUUAGCGCUCAGAGGGAACUCAUUCAGCGGCUCCUCUGGCAGCAGCACAGCGUCUCUCCCUCUCCUCUCUGAUUCUGUCACAAACCUUUGCUGAUGCAAACCUACGUGAAUAAACUCCAUAUAUGUGACUGUCUCAUAACAGCCUGUCACAGGUUACAGCCUGAUGGUUAGAGGAGAAAUGGCAGAGCAUAAAAACACACAAGGAAAUCAGCUGUUGAUUUAUAUAUAUAGAUCCCAGGGGACAUUUGUUUAAAUGUGUAAUUAGUGGUAGAUUUGAUUUAGUUGAACUAUUAAUAUUGUGACAGGAUCUGAAUCUGACUCUGAGUUACUGUUGUUGUUGUUGUUCACAAACUGAAGACAUGAAACAUCAUUUUAGUUUUUACUGAUUGUGUUGUGAUUCUAUCUUCUUAAUAAAAUAGUUUUUAUGAAUCUGU